AUGUCUGGUUUUUCACAUAAUAACUCAACUCCGCGACCUUCACCACCAAAUCUCAUCGACCCCUUCGACGACUUACAAACCGUCGAAAUUCAACAAACUACUACUAAUCAGCCUGUCCCGCUGCAGAGUCUGCAGGCAGCUGUUACACCACCAUCUUUUAGACCUGCCUAUAUUCAACCAGGAAGCCAGAAUCGAAGGUCAUUAACUUAUUCUCAGCUGAACCCUUAUUACAACGAUUCUAUAGACGACGAAGACGAGGAGCAGGAAACGUUUUAUUCGGAUUCCACUGGGCUCAUGCGACAGAUUUCUAACAUGUCUACUUAUUCUGAGGCUAACUUACCUUUAACAUCAAAUGCUGCUCUUAGUACCUCUCCUACACCAUCAAUGGGUCCAGAUAUUUUUAUGAGUAACAAUACAAAGUCUGAAGCUAUUUCUUCUGGAGGAGGCUCAAAUAAUAACGAUGAUCAAAUUAAAGAUGUAUCUCCAACAAACCAAUUUACGACGCUUGGUACUUUGAUUGUCGUUUUGACAGCUACUGCAUUCAAGGAAGUUAUGGAAGAUUAUAAACGACAUCGUUCUGACGCAGAGGUCAACCAACGCCCUUGUAAGACCUUACAAGGACCUUCAUUUACUGUAAAAGAGUGGAACGAAGUAAAAGUUGGAGACAUUGUUCGUAUAGAAGGAGGAGAAUUUUUCCCUGCCGAUUUAAUUUUGCUCAGUAGUUCCGAACCCGAAGGAUUAUGUUACAUAGAAACAAGCAAUUUGGACGGCGAAACCAACUUGAAAAUUAAACAAGGAUCUAGCGAAACAUCAAAUUUGAUUUCACCUAAAGAAAUAAGCCAUUUAAACGGUUUUAUUAAAUCCGAAAAUCCAAAUAAUAGUUUAUAUACAUAUGAUGGUUUUCUCGUGAUGAAUGGACCAAAUGGUCAAAAGAAAGUCCCUUUAGAUCCUACACAGUUAUUACUUCGGGGAGCACAAUUAAGGAACACACAAUGGAUUUAUGGCAUUGUUAUUUUUACUGGUCAUGAAACCAAAUUGAUGAGAAAUGCUAGUGCAACUCCCAUUAAAAGAACUAGUGUUGAGAAAAUGGUUAAUAUUCAAAUUAUUUUCUUAUUUGGUAUUUUGUUGACAAUGAGUUUGGCAUGUUCUGUUGGAAACUUCGUAAGAUCUGUGAAAUAUGAAAAUGAAAUGACAUAUCUUAGUCUUUUUAGUUCUAAUAAGAAUCUUUUUAGUCAAUUUGGAUUCAACAUUUUAACUUUUUUGAUUUUUUUAAUCGUUACUAUGGAAGUUGUAAAAUUUCAACAAGCAGCAUUAAUUAAUUCAGACUUGGAUAUGUAUUAUGAAAAGACCGAUACUCCAGCUUUGUGUAGAACUAGUAGUUUAGUCGAAGAAUUGGGACAAAUUGAAUAUAUUUUUUCUGAUAAAACUGGCACACUCACAUGCAACGAAAUGGAAUUUAAGCAAUGUUCUAUUGCCGGUGUAGCGUAUGCGGAUGUAGUUGAAGAAUCCAAACGUGCUCGAGUGAUUGAUGGUGUAGAAGUUGGCUUUCACGACUUCAAGAAACUAAGAUUGAAUUUAAAAGACCAUAAAACUGCCAAUGUCAUUAAUGAAUUCUUGACCCUUUUAGCGGCUUCUUCACCCGACGAAAGUGCUCUCGUAAAAGGCGCUCAGAUCCUUGGUUAUACAUUCACGACACGUCGUCCAAAAUCAGUGACAAUAGAUGUUAAUGGGGAAGCACAAGAAUAUGUAAUUUUAAACAUUUGUGAAUUUAAUAGUACACGCAAACGUAUGUCAACAAUUGUCCGCAGUCCUGACGGAAAGAUAAAGUUAUAUUGUAAAGGAGCAGAUACAGUAAUUUUAGAACGUUUAAGUGAGAAUAAUCCUUUUACUGAAUCAACCUUACAACAUCUUGAAGAAUAUGCUACCGAAGGUCUUAGAACACUUUGUAUAGCUAUGCGUGAGGUUUCUGAAGAAGAAUACAGAGUUUGGGCUGGUGUUUACGAAAAAGCUUCUACAACUUUAAUGAACCGUUCAGAAGAGCUUGAUAAAGCUGCCGAAAUGAUUGAAAAGGAUCUUUUUCUUUUAGGUGCAACUGCUAUUGAGGACAAAUUACAAGAUGGUGUACCAGAAACAAUUCAUACCCUUCAACAAGCCGGCAUAAAAAUUUGGGUACUUACCGGUGACAGACAAGAAACUGCAAUCAAUAUUGGUCUUAGUUGCAAAUUAAUUCAAGAAGAAAUGUCUUUAAUUAUUGUUAAUGAGGAAAGUCAUUGGGAGACGAAAGAAUGUUUGGAGAAUAAAGUUCAAUCGAUGAAAGGUCGUGUCAACCCUGAAGCGGAGCCACUCGCACUCAUUAUUGAUGGUCGCACACUUGAAUUUGCGCUUGAAAAAGACCUUGAGAAAACUUUCCUUGAACUUGCAACUAUAUGUAAAGCUGUGAUAUGUUGCCGUGUUUCACCACUCCAAAAAGCUCUUGUUGUAAAGCUUGUGAAACGUCACUUGAAAACUAUUCUUCUUGCAAUUGGCGAUGGUGCAAAUGACGUUUCCAUGAUUCAAGCAGCUCAUGUUGGUGUUGGCAUUAGUGGCCUUGAAGGGAUGCAAGCAGCUCGUAGUGCCGAUGUUGCCAUUAGCCAGUUCAGAUUUCUGAAAAAACUUUUGCUGGUGCAUGGAGCUUGGAGUUAUCAACGAUUGAGCAAACUUAUUUUAUAUUCUUUCUAUAAAAAUAUAACGUUAUAUAUGACACAAUUUUGGUACACUUUCCGAAAUGGAUUCUCUGGCCAAGUUAUUUACGAAUCCUGGACGAUUACAUAUUACAAUGUACUCUUCACUGUGUUGCCGCCAAUCGUAAUUGGAGUAUUUGAUCAGUACGUUAGUGCAAGGAUGUUGGACCGUUAUCCACAAAUGUACAUGCUGGGUCAAAAAAGCGAAUUCUUUAACGUCAAAAAUUUCUGGGGGUGGACAGCAAAUGCUUUUUAUCAUUCUUUGGUAAGAUUUUAUGGUAGAUUGGCGGGCCAUUGGACAUGGGGAACAACUUUGUACACGGCAGUUUUAGCAACGGUUUUAGGAAAGGCUGCUUUGAUAACAGAUUUAUGGACAAAGUACACUUAUCUUGCGAUUCCGGGAUCAUUUAUUUUCUGGCUGGUUUUCAUCGUAAUAUAUGGAUCAAUUGCUCCAAAGAUAGGAAUUUCGGUAGAAUAUGAAGGCAUAGUUGGAAUACUAUUUACAAGUCCCGUGUUUUAUGCCACUAUACUUCUAAUACCAACCAUUUGUCUCUUAAGAGAUUUUGUCUGGAAAUAUAUUAAACGUAUGUACAAAUCACGUACAUAUCAUACAGUGCAAGAAAUUCAAAAAUUCAAUAUUCCCGAUUAUCGACCUCGUAUGGAACAGUUCCAAAAGGCAAUACGAAAAGUACGUGCCGUACAAAGGUUACGAAAAAGUCGUGGUUUUGCCUUUUCGCAAAGCGAAUCUGGUCAAGAAGCUCAACUCAUCAGAAUAUACGAUACCACUUUGGCAAAACCAAAAGGUUAA